AUGAUCGUCGUCACUGUCCUCACGAUCCCCGUGUUUCCCAUGACAUGGUUCUUCAUCAAGGAAGAGAAGAAGGAAGCCGCGAAUUUCAAAGAGUACAUCAACAGCUUCUGGGAGUUGCUGUGCAGCCGCGCAGUGUACCAGGUUAUCGCGUACAACUUCUUCUCCAACAUCUUCGCCGACAUCACGUACACCGGCAGCUCCCCAGUGCAGGAUCACAUGGUGGGCGUCACUCCAAUUAACAGCACUUUGAGUGAUAUCCUCAGCAACCUCCUGUUUGCUACAGGUAUCAUGAUCACAUCCAAGUGGGGCCUGCACUGGAACUGGCGCUGGAUGAUCGUCAUCACUGGAGCUGUGGUGAUCAUUGUGGACUUGCAACUCCCCGCUGGUGUUGGUUGGAUCAUCUCGUCCUUUGUGACUGUCGAGCUGGCUGGACUGGGCAACGAGGCAGCCGUCUAUGGCCUACUGACGACCGUAAUGAAUGUUUCCUCACCCUUCGCCUCAGCGCUAACUCUCGUCAUUGACGCUCCGUUCAACAUCACCAACACCCGAGUCCAAGAAGACGACUACUCUAUUCGCCGAGAUCUGACGUACACCAUCAUCAUCAUGUACGCCAUGACUAUCUUCGCGUGGGUCUUCCUGUUCCUGUUGCCCAAGCAAAAGGAAGACACGCAGCGACUGCUCCGUAAGGGUGGCAAGAGCAAGCUCAUCGGUGGCAUCACGGUGUUCUACCUGUGCUUCGCUAUUGUGUGGUCGGUCAUGACCAACAUCGUGGCCAUCUUCACCAGCACCUCGUGCCUCGUCAUUGCGGGAGGCUCUGGCUGCUAA